CACCCAGUCAGAUGACUUAAACAUCUCUUUCUCUUUAUCCACCCAUUUUCAGGAAAUGGGAGGUUCUUAAAUCAGACAGCUUUCAUUUUCUAUCUGCUUUCUGUAGCUCAUACACACUCAGGCUCCAGGCACUCCACACCAAUAUUGACUUUAAAGUUCAGCUCUGUGAAUAGGAGAGAGAAGGCCGUUCAUUUUGGUAAAGCGACAGUGCCCGGAUUCGCCAGAGACCGGUGGGAGCCCUGGGAUUAGGUAAAGCCUGUUCUGCCCAAGGCCAAGGGAAAAGCUGAGAGCACCUGCUCUGAUUUGCUCACCAAAUUUGAAGUUGCACUCUCUAAUGGCAGAAGCCUAUGGUGGAGAAAUUUUUGACAACAUGAGCAAAGAGAUGAGCUAUGGUGAUGGAAACCAAGAGCCCAGCAAAAAGCAACUGAGACUUGUCCUGGUGGGUAAAACAGGAGCUGGGAAAAGUGCAACAGGAAACAGCAUCCUUGGGGAAAGAGUAUUUGAGUCAAAACUAGCACCAAAGUCAGUGACCAAGAAUUGUAAGAAAAGAAGCAGAUUGUGGAAUGAGAAAGAAAUCGUAGUUGUGGAUACUCCUGGGAUUUUUGACACUGAUGUGUCUGAUGUGGACACUUCAAGGGAGAUCAAUCGCUGCCUCAUUAUGUCCUCCCCUGGGCCUCAUGCCAUCAUCCUGGUGGUCCCACUUAGUCGUUACACCAAGGAGGAGCAAGAUGCAGUAAAGAAGAUCUUGGGAAUUUUUGGUUCCAAAGCCAAGAAAUAUGUCAUCCUUUUAUUCACCCGGAAGGAUGAUUUGGAAGGUACUGAUUUGAAUCAAUACUUAUGUGAAACUACAGAUGGAGCUUUGAAAGACCUGAUAGACCAGUUUGAUGGAAGGUACUGUGCAUUCAACAACCGGGCAACUGGAAGGGAACAGGAGGCCCAGGUAACAGAGCUCCUGAGCUUGGUUGAGCAAGUGGUACAGAGGAAUGGAGACUCUUGCUACACAAAUGAGAUGUAUCAACUUGCUGAGGAGAAGAUUCAGCAAAAAACUGAAGCAUUGAGAAGAUCCUAUAGGCAAGACCUGGAAAGACUGAAAAAGGAAAUUAGACAACAAUAUGAACAGGAAAUCAGAAACUUGAAGGAUGAAUUGGAGAAGGCAGAAAGAGAAAAGAAAAUGUAUAAGGCUCUGGCAGAAAAAGACACUUUCUAUGAAAACAAGCAAAGAGAUGCCAGAGAUGAGGUUGUGAGCCAAGGUUUUUACUUUGAAAUCAUCAUGAAAAUCGUAGGAGUAGCUUCUGAGGUCAUUAAACUUAUAUUUAAGGAUUAAGGAGCUUAGUAAAAAUUAUCUUAGGCUUUCUUUUACUCUUGCAGCUUCUUUUUUUCUCUGUGGGCUAUUGUUGAAUACUCAAGCAUCACAUGUCCAUCCAUCCUAUUAUUUAAAAGCAAAUAUUUUAAUCUGAAAAGAAAGGAAGAAAUUAUUUUCUCAUUUUCAGAAAAGGAAAUUCUAAGUCUUUCUGAAAUGGAACCUUCCCCUACAUGAUCCAGAGUAGGAAAAAAGGAACAAAAGUCAAACAUGUAGUAGGGUUUCAAUAUCUCUCCACCCUCUCCUCUCUAGAAAGGGAAUGGAUUCUCUUUUGUUGGCUCUUAUUUCCAUUUCAUUUAUUAUUUUUCUCAAGGACCAUAUAAUAGCUAAUAGCUAACAUUUUUGCAGGACGUUAGGGUUUGCAAAACACUUUACACAAUGUUACUUACAAACAUGUAGUUAUAUAUAAAUCAAUUGUCAUUAGAUUUGAUCCUCAUAACAACACUGUAAGAUAGAUACUAUUAUUAUCAAUAUUUUUUCUAUAAGGAACCAGUUUGAGAAUCAAAAUGUCUUUCUUAUAACCACAGGGUUAGUAAGUAUCUGAGGCAUGAUUUGAACUCGACUUCCUUUCUCCAAGUCUGACACUAUACCACCUGCUUGCCAGUUUUACAUUGGCCAUCAUGUCCUUGUUAUUCAUCUUGACCAAAUGGUAUUUGUGGAGGGAUGAGAUGAAACCCUAUUAUAUUUGUUUCUUAAUCGUAAACUGGAAUUGCCCAUAGGUUUUCUGCUUCAUAAUGAUCCAUUCUCUCUCCUGAUCUGUUCAUUGAAAUUGUCAGAAUUCUAUAUCUUUCACUGCAUGUUGCUAGUCAUUAUGAUGACAGUUCAUUUAUGUAGCUCUUUAAUGUUUACAAAGCCUUUCCUCACAGCAAACCUUUGCAAAUCAUAUUGUAUGCAUUAGUCCUAUUUUACAGGUGAGAAAGUUUUCUCAUAAAUAAUAACUGCUUUUUCCCAUUGUCAUAAAAGUUGUUAGUGUCAGGGUGAGACAUAAACCUGGGUCUCUUCUAAUCUCAAGUCGUAUGUUCUUUUACUAUACCAAAUCAACUUUCCAUUAAAUAACUGUGUACCAAAUGUCUCAGAAUUCAAUCUGUCUUGUGCUAAUCAUAUUCAGAAUAUAAUGAUGGGGAAAGUGGAAUGUCAGAUCCAUAUUAACUCAUAGACAGUGAAAGACUUUGACCCAACUGAUGAGGCAGUGUUGUUUAAUGUGUUCAUUUCACCCUGCUAGGUGAAGUGCAUGUUCUUAAUAAAAGUUGACAUUUCUGGUU